AUGUCGGCCUCAAAUGAUGUCGCAAAUUUGGCAACCCCACCAUCAUGCAUCGCAGACUUUUGUUUGAUUCCGCUCGGCACCCCCACGGCAUCUGUAUCCAAAGAGGUGGCGGAAGUGCAGCGGGUUCUUAAGAGGAGCGGAUUAACUUAUUCCAUGCAUUCUGCGGGAACGACUGUUGGUAUGACUCUUCACAUCCCCCUCUACGUCGUGGAUGCUUUGGCGUCCGAGCCAACUCCCUUCUCGGCCGAGGGCUCAUGGGACGACGUUAUGCGGGUCAUUGGACAAUGCCAUGCUAUGCUGCACCAGAAUGGCAUUGUGAGGAUCCAGAGUGAUAUCAGGGUGGGGAGCAGGACGGACAAAAAGCAGGGGUUCAAGGAUAAAGUUGAGGCAGUGGAGAAGCUGCUCAAGGAGGACCAAGGCGCAGCGUUGUAA